CAACCAGUCUGAGAGUUCUUGGCACCACGGGCGGACCGAAAAAUAUCGUACUGCUUACGAGACGGACUAGUUUGUGUGUGCACAAAUGUCAAAAAAAAUAUUUCACAAAGAAAAAAGACCCAUCUUUUUUCGGCUGUUUAAGAAAUUCUCUGACGCGGAUACUUACGUUUGUAGUCAGAUGUGUUGUUUGUUGAUAUCGAGGCUGAUUUAAGUAGCAGCAGUCGAAUAAAGCACUCACCAUUUUGUCCACCAAGUUGCGAUGACCUUUACAGACCACCUACCAUCUUCGACGGUACGUUUCGGUAGGUUACUCGUACGACGAAAUCGGUGGAAAAGUUUGGAAGCAGCCGAAUUCCAAUCGCUUCCAAGGUGAAAUUACGGUGUGCUUGGGAAAACAUGCUGAAACGUUGUGUGAUAAAAAUAGAAACUCGAAUAACGUAAACACUUUUUGUUCUGCAUAAUUCAAUCAAAUCAAAUCAUCAGAUGCAGUAAUCUGGCAAAUUUUUGAUGCGAUUAAGUAUGUGUACAUGAAAAUAUUUCGGAUACUAUCGGUUAGUGCAAGUGGGCAUUCGCAAUCCAACAUUCGAACGAGGAGAAAAAAUGAAGUCCUCGUAGAAAUCGAUCCUGGCUGUGUGUAUUUCAGCCCAAGUGUUUGUGAGAGUGUGAGUCCAGAGAAAAAUCUUAGGGUGGAAAAUCGCCUCCCCCUCGUGCGGUGCUGCGUGAGGAUUAGUACGGCAGUAACCGGAGAGAAAGAGAACGAGAGGAAAAUAUUGAACUAGAGAGUGUUUAGGAAGGACGUUGUUUGUGUCAUUUGCGAUUCAAGGAAACCGAGAAUUUCACUCUCACUAUUUGACAAAACGGAGCAGACACAACUGCUUCGGCGUUAGUGAGCAAGCUGUUGUUAUGCUGUAUCCUAAUAGCAUAAACACAAAGCACUGAUAACGGAGUACGCGUGUACCCGCAAUUGUUGGAAUUGCUGUAGCCGGUGGAGGAAAAGUGAGCAAAAAGUUGCCCUACAUAAUUGUACUCAACCUACGAGAGGGACGUAGCGAUUCCAUCAUCUUGGUAAAGAUAAAAACGAGCUUCACUACAACACAACAAAUUGAAACGCACGUUUUGCUAUGGCCCUACAAAAAAUGAACUGAACAGCUCAAACUAGGCCAAAGCGGCUCUCUAGAGAACAUCUAGCGCAUAUUUUCUGCACCAAACAAACCGGCCACUAUCGUAGCGGAAACAGUACUUCCGAACUCUAAUGACCGACAAGGUCGUCAUCUGCAACACCACCGCCACGCCGGGAGCAAUGUCAGCAAGUCAGCACGAGCUGACCGAAGUUUCCGUGGUGGACAUCAAUGCUUCACUGGCCGCUUCAGCACCGCUCCUGCCGACACCGAUUGCCAGUUCGGCCAGUCCGGUGCCACUACAACCGUCCGCAGCGGCAAUCCUCGCAGGUGGAGGAUCCGCUGGGCUAGGUAAUCUGUUCAAUCUGGCCAGCAGCGGCGACAUGGCGACGGUGGCGUACAACUCGUACACCCAGAACGUGCGCUGCAAGUCUCCGCCGACGCUGGUCGACAAUCUCAAGAACGGGAUGAUUGGAAACUCUCAAGGUGCUCUCUGCAAUGGAGCUAUCAUGACAAACGGCCAAACCAAGGACUCCAACCUAUCUCAUGGAUUGGUUCGAAAGGUAUUAAACAACAGUGAAAAUGGCCAAAAGAAGGGAAUGGUGUCUCUCACACAUCUACCAAAGAGGCCACCGAUCGACAUCGCGUUCAGCGAGCUGGCCUAUUCGGUGUCGGAGGGGCACAAACGUAGCUACAAGACAAUACUCAAGGGUAUCAACGGGAAGUUCCGCUCCGGGGAACUGACCGCUAUCAUGGGACCGUCCGGUGCCGGCAAGAGUACGCUCAUGAACAUUCUCGCCGGAUACAAAACUUCUCAUCUGAUUGGUUCGGUGCUAAUUAACGGCAAGGCACGCAACCUCCGCAAAUUCCGUAAACUGUCCUGCUACAUCAUGCAGGAUGACCGGUUGCUGCCCUAUCUAACCGUUCGGGAAGCGAUGAUGGUUUCCGCCAACCUUAAGCUGGGGAAGGACAUCUCGGACGAACUGAAGAGGGAAAUUGUCGAGGAAAUCAUCGACACGUUAGGGCUGCUAGAAGCAGCCAACACCCUGGCACUGAACCUUUCCGGUGGUCAGCGCAAGCGACUAUCAAUCGCCUUAGAACUAGUGAACAACCCACCUGUCAUGUUUUUCGACGAACCAACCAGCGGACUGGACAGUGCGACCUGCUCGCAGCUAAUCUAUCUGCUAAAAUCGCUGGCCCGCGGCGGCCGGACCAUCGUCUGUACCAUCCAUCAACCAUCGGCGAGGAUAUUCGAAAUGUUUGACAAUUUGUAUGUAUUAGCGGAAGGACAAUGUAUCUACCAGGGGCUCGUAAACGGACUGGUUCCGUUUCUAGCCUCACUGGGGUUGGAGUGUCCCAGUUAUCACAACCCGGCAAAUUAUGUGAUGGAAGUAGCCUGCGGUGAACACGGCGACUGGAACAGCAAACUCGUGACGGCUGUUAACAAUGGCAAAUGUAACAACUACAACCAACCAGUACUAGCUCAAAGCAAACCCCAGAAAAACUUAGAAUUAGCGACUGAUCAGCCGGUGGAGAAGAUUGUAGCCGUUAUGUCCCUGGCGGCCGGUAAGGAUGAUCUGAUAAAACCCUCGGCGUCCGAGUUUACCGCGAUUAAUAUGCCUCCGGCGGGACCGCUGAACAAUGAGAGCAAAUUCACAGCCCCCCUAGGAAGUAGCAUCAGUAGUAGUAGUAAAGCCGUAGAGGAACCCGGAGGUGCAGUGACCGCUGGUGUUAGUACAAUCACCAUGACCAGCGCCAGUGGAGCUUCGGCCCUUGGUGAAGCUUCCUCGACAUCGCUGAAACCCACUUGUACAACGUCCCUGCUGGACUCAACCGAAAGCGUUAGUAUCGCGGUGCCGAAGAAGCUAACCGGCUUCCCGACUUCCGGUUGGAUGCAGUUCUGGAUACUGCUCAAGCGAACAUUCAUCACGAUCAUGCGGGAUCAGACGCUGACGCAGAUGAGACUGCUGUCGCAUGUGAUCGUGGGUGCCAUCAUCGGGAUGAUCUACUAUGACAUCGGGAACGAAGCGUCCAAAAUUAUGAGCAAUGCGGGAUGUUUGUUUUUCACUACCAUGUUCACGAUGUUUACGGCUAUGAUGCCAACGAUUCUCACCUUUCCUACCGAAAUGGCCGUCUUCGUGAGGGAGCAUCUCAACUAUUGGUACUCGCUGAAGGCGUUCUAUUUUGCGAAAACGGUGGCCGAUCUGCCUUUUCAGGUAGUUUUCACCAGUGUGUACGUCAUCGUGGUCUACUACCUAACAUCCCAGCCGAUGGAACCGAAGCGGGUCGGCAUGUUCGUACUGAUCUGCAUUCUAACGUCGCUGGUGGCGCAAAGUCUCGGACUGCUGAUCGGUGCCGGAAUGAGCGUGGAAACGGGCGUCUUUCUCGGUCCGGUGUCCACCAUUCCCAUAAUUCUAUUUUCCGGCUUCUUCGUCAACUUCGACGUCAUUCCCAGCUAUCUACAGUGGCUGACGUACGUCAGUUACGUGCGGUACGGUUUCGAGGGUGCGAUGGUCACCGUGUACGGCCUGAAGCGGGCAAAGCUGGACUGCAACGAGAUCUACUGUCACUAUCGCAAUCCGGAAAAGUUUCUGGAGGAAAUGUCGAUGGACAAAGCCGAGUAUUGGAUCGAUGCAACGGCCCUGUUUGGGUUCUUCAUCGGCCUUCGGAUCGUGGCCUACUUCGUGCUGCGAUGGAAACUUCAUUCGAUCCGCUAAGUUCGGCAGUAAACUGACAGGCAAAUAACCGUGACAAGGACGCCAUUUUGCGCUAGAACUAUGGUGCGCCGAAUGUAGCUUAUAUACAUCCAAAAGCCCAUCACUCAUUAGCCACUUUUAACGAAAACAUAAUUUAGGUAGGUUGCAAAGUAGGAAUGAUCAUUCUACGGUGAAAAUACUAAAAUUUUAUAAUUAUGAUGCUUUGAAACAGACAAAGAAUUUUUUUACUUCGAGCAAGGGAAGAUCGAUUUGUGUGCAGGAACGCGAACGGAACGGAACUGUUUUUUCGGAUCAAAGUUUGUGUAUACUAAUAGAAGCCAUGAAAUUGGGUAGAAACCAAAAGCCAGUCAUUUUUGUUGACUCAGUAUUUGUCGGUAUUUAGUGUCCGGUGUUUGAAACACUCAACUCCACCCAGCAUAUCCCCCUGUUAGGUAAUUAGACUGGAGAAAGGAUCAUUUCUACUGCGACGACACAACUUAACACUCAAACAGACACGUUUCUCAAAACAUUCUAUCUAAGACACUAUAACGUAAUAGCGAACAAGCAUUAAAUCAAACCACAAACCCACAUAUUCCCACUUUGAAACCACGUUUAGCGAGAAUAUUCAUCCUUAUAUAGGCUUUAGGAGAAAAAAAAAACCAAACAGAAUCCCAGCUGAUAUACUAGUAUGUAACAUGCUACUCGAACAGAUGGCGGAGAGAACAUAUACAACAAGAACAUCAACCAACGCAAAACUAUGAAAUCAAAAAGCAACUUUCAUUUUUCGCUGUCGGCACAUUUCAAACUCUCAAAAAAAACGGUGUAGGUACAUAUUUUCGAAAGCGAUAGAUCAAGUAGACUGGCAACUCUGUCGAAAGUUUGAUGGAGACACGGAAUGUAAUAACGUCCUCUUCCGGAUAAUUGUGGUACUAUGUGGAUACUUGUGUGUGUUAACUUCUAAGUAAAUGUUUUGAUAUGCGCCUUCACACGACUUUUACAAUUCUAGACAAACAUAUAAUUGGGGCGUUUAAGCCAACUGUCAAAAUUUACCAUGAAUGGAAAUUCCGCACAAACCGUUACUCGCCCAUCAUAGAUGUUGGUAGUAAACAAAAGAGAAAAGUUGUCUCGUUCAUUAACUACUGUGAAUUGUGUUUGGCUAGUAACGGUUUGUCCGGAAUUUCCCUUCAAAGAUAAUUUCGACAGUUGGCUUUUACGCCGUAGUCAGGUGUUUGUCGAGAAUUGGAUUUGCAACUUUGUGGGGCAGCGUCACAGCCAACUCCCUGGCAAAAAUAUGGCGACGCACAGUGGCGGGUCUUCAAACAAAAGUCGGACAAAACCUCAAAUGUUAUUUAAUUUGGCUGAAAAUCACAAUUUAAGCAAAUUUUGAGAUACUGAGCUCAUUUUUGAUGUCAAAAGUCGUAAAAUAUUAAAUGCAUUUUUUCAUACAGUGUCAUUGAACCUUUCUUAUAACUAUGAUCCCGUUUUCAUGACAGAUUUUCCGUUACUGUUCACCAAUGUCAGCAAUAUCAUAAAAAAUGAAGAACACUACUUUAAAUCCAUUGUAUAACGUGUUGGUUUACUGUAGAUUGUCUAACUAUUUUACACAAAAAACCAUGCGCCUCCAUAUCAGCAACAAAGAUUCAAAAUCUCCUUAAACCUUUUUGCGCACCUAGGCGCAGAACGAGACCAUGAUAUUCGAAAAGUAGAGGUUAUUUAACAUAGAAUGUAUACUAUGUGACCGUUCCGAAAUGAUUCCGAAAUUUGUACAGAAUACAUUAGUGAAAAAAGUAUUUUUGUUCUGACCACCUCAAACCUAUUUAAGCUAAAAAGUCAUAGUUCCAAGCAAAUUUACCAAAUGUAUUUCAUUCACUAACCAAGUUCAUUCGUUCCUCUACACAAUGAAACUAGUAGUGCUAAAAUCGGACCAAAAUCAAAAGAGCAACAUGCAUUUGGAGUGAACAGAGCAAUGGUGGUUUCGGAAAUGAAAAUCAUUAAAAAGUCCGGACUUUGCAACGUUUAAACCCAUGUUAAAAAUCGUGUUCUUAUCCAAUGAUCAUAAAAUUUUGAAUAUACAUCAUUCAAUACAUGAGAAAUUUAGGAAAAAUAUAAAACAUUAAUAUUUCAAAAAUAAAUUUUUGAGGUUUUGGCCAGCCUCCAGCCAUUGUGCGACGUGCAGGAUUUGACAGUAGUAAACAUAUGAUGGGCCUACCUAGAUCCCUCUAAACAAGGUCUUAGCAUAUGCUAAAAUUGUUAGUGGUAGUGAACAGAGACAGCCUAUAAAACGUGGUAUAGAUAACGUAGACGCUACCAAGCGUCAAAGAAACUAUCACACAUACGAGCACAGCGGGAGUUUUCGUUUUGACGCAUGCAUAGACACAAGGACCUUUCUAUAUAAGGACAUAGGGUGGAGCCAAGAACUCAGGCAACCCAAUCACAACAAAAAUUUGACAGCUACCUGCAUGCAAGGGGCUCUACAAAUAGGAUAGUUACAGUUUCAACAAGACGGAGAAGAGUCAUGCCCACGAACAAAAAUUCGACAUUCUCCCACAGUUCUGCUAGUUUGUAAUUACGUCAAAUUAAUCCUGGUCAUUUUAUUACUAGAGCGUCCGAUGACGGAAGUCAAAAACCAAUGACGUUUAUCAUUUCAUAGUAAAAAGGAAGAGUUGCCAGUCUUCUUGACAAGAUAGCUUCUAUAUAAUCCACGGAUGCACCAGCUUUAUUGAAAAAAAACAACCAAAUAUCGAGUUGAAGCAGUGCAACAGACGAAACGAAAAACUGAUAUAUUUGUGUGAUAGGUGGUUCAAUUAAAUUACGGGCGUUAAGUUAUUUCUAAGUACCAAACUGUAUCAGUAUAUAUACCGGUCUACAGUUUAAGCGUUUACGGAUACAAUUGAGAAGAAAAUUAUAUUUUCAAAUGAAAAAGGGGUAAUUUUUAGCAAGACGGCUAAGUUAGUUGUUUAUUUUGGUCUCUUCUGAAGUGCAUUCAGUAUGUAUUUAUUAAACGUUGCCAACUCUUGAUUGAAGGCAAAGGUCAUACACGAAAAAAGGGAAGGGUGUUCACGAAGCUAAUUAUUUACAGUGCUGUAUACUCGAAUGACAGAAAAUCGAUCGAAUUGAUAUUCCACAUAGACGAGCACAGUUUAUUUCGUGAAGGCUAGGAGAAGUGCGCUGUCACACGAGCGAGUAAGCUGAUAAAUAAGAUUUUUUGGUAAUUUUUAGCUGCGAAUUAGUGUGAUACGAAACUUGAUUUCAUCAAUUUUUAAUAAUAAUAUAACAAA